AUGGAAGAAUUUUAUGAAUCUCUUGAGCCUUGGUGCGCUUGUCAAGGAUAUUUCGUGGCAUCUAGUGUUAAAAUAAACAUGAGAAUUCUUCUUCAGAUUGGUUCCCUUGCAAUGCCUUACUUAUGUUUUCAAGAAAUUGAAAAUGAAGGUAAACUAUGCAUUAUCCCUAUUACACGCUUAAUUACAGCCCAUGUAUCGCUUGAUUCCAUCCUAUUUACAUUUAUGGAUUAUGAAGAUGAAAAAGUUUUAGUCAAAUGUGAAAAAUCUCGCAAAUUUGAAGCAUUCAUUUCACAGUUCCGCUUAACAGCCAAUAUAUCGCUAAAUGCCUCUGAUGAUUUUCAUCAACAAAACGCUGUUUACUUGAAAGCCAAUUCAAUGGAAAAGAACUAUCCAUUACCAUUUGAUUUCAUUGAUUUACAUAAGACCAAGUACGGUCUUUCUCCCGUUGGCAUCUUCAAAGAAACUGAAGAGGUUUGGAAAGAAAGAUGCACAGUUUUGAAUUCCUCCUAUUUUACUCAAUCCCAGCCAAUUGUUAUCCAUUGUUUAACAUGGAAUGUCGCUGAAGCUACCCCUACCACAUAUGCUACUCCAGAACUUAUGAAAGUUAUUCAUUCAAAUCCUGACGUUGCCUUCUUCUCUUUCCAGGAGAUCGAUAUGAGUGUCAACUCUAUGGUCAUAGGAAAUUCCGCUAAAGCCAACCAAUGGAAAGAAGUUAUUACUGCUUCUGUCAAAACAUCACAACUAGAAAUUGUUCAUUCGAUAUCUCUUGGUGGUGUUUUCGGAUGUCUUGCACUCAAUAAGACUAAUCCUCAGCUUAGACUUGCUAAAACAAAGAAAUUACGUCUUGGCGCUGGAGGAAUUGUUGCAAACAAGUCUUUUGUUCAAUUUAAUAUUGAGGCAGGUGCAGCAAACAUCUGUUUAGUCGGAUGCCAUCUUACUGCUCACGAUCAUAAUAUCGAAAGCAGAAAUCAGCAGCUUAUUAAGAUCAUGAACAUGGUUCCAAGAGAUACGGACUAUUUGUUCAUAUGUGGCGAUCUCAAUUACAGAAUUAGUAUGCCUUAUGAGAAAGUCGUCAACCUUUGCAAUGGUUCUGACUUGUCAUCUUUAUUAGAAACCGACCAAUUAAUAAAUCAGCGCAGAAUGGUACCAGAAUUAGGAAAAUUAUUCGAACCUCCGAUUACUUUCAGACCAACUUACAAAUUCGAUAAAAAUUCUGACAUUUAUGAUACAUCUCCAAAGAAAAGAGUUCCUUCUUACACGGAUAGAGUUCUUCUACGUACUUUUGAACCACGUAUUUCCGUUGGUCCUAACGAUGCUUUCUUCUUUGAAACAGAUGUUUUUUAUCAUUACGGAGAUCCUCGUUAUCCAUUCUCAAACAAGAGCUAUUUCGCACCUACAGAGCCAGAUCACAACUAUCCUGUCGAUCCUAAGAACAUUCUUUACACAAAUGGCACUUCAAAAAUUUCGGAUCACAGAUGUGUCCAUUCCCAUUGGGAAUUGAUGAUCCCUGCUGAGAACAAAGAGAGAAAAGAAGUCUUCAACAGCCUCCUUUACAAGAAAUACAACGAGUUACUUAGUCUUGAAAAACCAAUCUGUAUCGCAAACACACAAAAAGUGGAAAUCAAGAGGAAAAAGAGUAUCACGAUCGAGAUAGAAAAUAUUUCUUAUACACUCGCGGAGUUCUCCGUUAACACUACCACUGAUAAAAUCGUUGUUACUCCUUCAUCAGGUUAUAUCAUACCUGGCCAAAGCAUUAAAGUUGAAAUCCAAGCAGUACAUCGUGCAAAAGGAGAACAUUUUAUUCUAUUUAUGAGUCCAAAUGGAACUCUCUGCUCUAUUCAAGUUAAGAUUAAGAGCUCCUUGUAA